AUGGCCGCGAGUAUAGCUCCUUCCCAGUCAUCUCUCAUGCAGCUAAAACACUCGCUCUUGCCUCCUCCGCAGAUCCCAGACCUCUCUACGGUCUCGUCUGUUCGUUCAAACAAGCCCUUUCACGGUGUUCGAAAUAAUAACAGCUGUGUUCCAAGAAUGCCCAUGGCUGUCUCCGAAAAGACCUCCCUGUCACCGGCUGUUUCAGAUACGAAGAAACCCACCAAUCCAAUCAUCGUUAUUGAUAAUUACGACAGCUUCACUUACAAUCUUUGCCAGUAUAUGGGAGAGCUGGGUUGUAACUUUGAGGUGUACCGGAAUGAUGAGCUUACUGUGGAUGAAUUGAAAAGGAAAAAUCCAAGAGGAGUUCUUAUAUCCCCGGGACCAGGUACACCUCAAGAUUCGGGAAUAUCAUUACAAAGUGUAUUAGAAGUUGGACCUACUGUGCCAUUAUUUGGUGUGUGUAUGGGAUUGCAGUGCAUUGGCGAGGCUUUUGGAGGGAAAAUCGUGCGUUCUCCUUAUGGUGUUAUGCAUGGCAAAAGUUCCCUUGUAUAUUAUAAUGAGGGUGUGGAGGAUGGAUUGUUUUCAGGCUUGUCAAAUCCUUUCACCGCUGGUAGGUAUCACAGCCUUGUGAUUGAGAAGGACAGUUUUCCUAGUGAUGUACUGGAGAUUACUGCAUGGACGGAGGAUGGACUGAUAAUGGCUGCUCGUCAUAAAAUCUAUAGACAUCUACUGGUAACAUAUUCUUUUUUCCUUGAAUUUACUUGCACAAUCUAA